AUGUUGAUUGCGUUUCUGGCUGGGUUUUUGUGCGGUUGUGCGCUGCUCCUCGGAAUCCUCUACGUCUACAUUGUCGAUCCAUGGGGUCAGCCAGAAAGCCAACCGCAACCGCCGAUUGAACAAUAUCGGCAGGUGCAAGUGCCAGAGGAGAUUCGAACGUUUUUAAAGUCUGGAGAAGAUGGACAGGGGAUUUCUAGAUGGGAAUCGACGAAUGCGAUCAGUCUCCUCUUGCAUAUGCUCUUUCAGGAGCACAAGGAUACAAGGGCGUUAAGGAGAUGGGUUCAUAAACGUCUUCAAAUGGAAAUGAACGACAUCGCCACUCGCUCCACGGCCGGGCGUUUGAUUCAAGAAAUUCGUAUUCGAGAGCUAUCCCUGGGCACGAAAUUCGCAACGAUUAACUCGAUUCGAGUGGAGAAUGUUGAGAUGGCAGAUGAUAAAAAUACUUUUGAGGUAAUUUUCAUAUUUGAAAAAAUCUCAAAAAAAAAGCUGAAACUCCAGAAAAUCACAUUUGUCCUGGAUAUCGACUAUUCUGGCGGAUUCGAGACCUCUAUCGACGUAUCGACAUUGCUCACCAAGAAAGCGAGUUUAUCAGUGAAAAUCACCAAAUUAACUGGUCUGGUCCGUGUGGUUUUAUCACGACAGCCAUAUCAUUAUUGGACGUUUUCGUUUGUCAAUCCGCCAGUUUUUGAGACUGAUAUCAACUCUCAAAUCCAAGGACACCAACUGAAACGGCUGAUUCCAAUCAUCAAAGAAGCGAUUCGUCGAUCCCUUCAAAGGAAACACGUAUGGCCGAAUUACAAGAUUCGCUAUCGACCGUUCUUCCCGAAUCCGAUAUUCCAGGCAUCGCCUCCGAUCAACAGCUUCACGCAUAUCAAAAUGGAAGGAGGAAUGGAGGUUACUGUACUCCAAUGCUCUCGCCUCAAAAACGCUCUACUCGAAGACCGAACCAAAAACUACGAGAUCUACUGUACCGUCGCCAUUGAAUCUCGUCCCAUCGUGCAAAACGAGGAGCAAGGACACGUGGUGAAUGUGCUUCUCACCUUCUCCCGUUAUGACGUGGCAAGUCCAAUUGGGUUGGUAUUCGAUAAGAACGUACCUGCGACUACGGGAUCCGCGAAUCGAGCCGUCCGAGUUUGUACGGUAGAGGAUAACAGUUUGGCUGAUAAGGCGGCGUUUAAGCCUGGAGAUGUGUUGGUGGCAAUUAACAAUGUGCCGAUUAGGUCGGAGAGACAGGCCGCGAGAUUCUUGCAAUCAACGACGGGGGAUUUGACGGUGCUUGUGGAAAGGAGUCUGGAUGAUAUUGAUGAAGAGGAUAAAGCCUACAUAUUAGCUAGCUAUGUUAGUGUGUUAGCUGAAACUCAGAAUGAGGAUAAUAGGGAUCUAACAGAUUUUGGUUUGCCAUUAUUGCUGUAUUCACUAUCUAACUCUUGGUUUUCUAUUUUUCACUCACCUGUUCUCCCAGAACCAACUGAAAUCGUGGUGAGUGCUGUUCGUGAUAUGGACACUGCUGAUACCACGAGCCUAGUCAGUACAACAUCAGUGACAACGAAUGAUAAUACCAGGGAUUCGAUAAGUGAGGCGACAGAGGUGACAAUGCGGCCGACGGAGGGAAGGAGUGAUGCAAGCAUAUUGGCUGCCCGUCGACGUCACAGUGUAUCGAAUUUCGAGUCAUCGGCAGUGGACACGAAUACAGAAUCGGUGGCAUCGUCGAUUUUUGGACUAGACGCCCACAAAUUCGACAAGCCCCCAUCCGUCUCUGUCCAACGUGCUGAAAGUGCUCGUGUGCCUCAACUCCUGAUCAGCCAACCCAGUUUUGAUCUACGACGAACCCAAUCGGAAUCUCAUCUGGACGCCAAAGUCAUCGAUGCUGUCCUUUCGAGUUCUGCAGAUUUUGGAAUGGAAAAUUCGGUGGAGGAUGAGAUCAAGAUGCUUCUAGUCGGUGAUUUGAAUCGAAGUGCUUCGGCUGGAAUGGAUCCACAGCUCCUUGGAGUUGCUCCGAAAAAAGAUGACAAGGAUAAGACGCUGACACAAGCGGAUGCUGCAAAAGGAUUGGCUCUGUUGGCUUCGCAAACCGGUUCUGUCGCAUCGCUCGCUUCGAUGAAUUCGAACCGAACGGACAACACGGGAACAGAGGAUAAUUGUGGCGGUGACGACGAGGAAGCACAUCAUCAGCUUCUGGAGAGAAAGCCAAGCACGAGAAAAGCGAAAAUUCAAGCGACAUUCGCAGCUGGAAAGAAGAAAGUUCUAGAUCUAAUGCCCCAGAAACGAAAGCUAACGGAUGCAUCGCCAGUGGACUUCAAUGGAGAGAGCAUUGAGAUUGGAGCGGACGCUGGAUCGAUGUAUGAUACAGAUCGAGAACCUUCUGUUGGAAGAUCCCCCAUGGCAGCUGUUGGAAAACGAAAGGAGAGCCCCUCGGAGGAUAAGAAGGAGAAGAAACGGUUGAAAAAGAAAUUGUCAGAGUCGCCGAAGGCUAGAAGAUCUGGAGCAUCGCAGCAGAAGGAUCAGUCUCCGAUGACAACGAUCAAGGCGAGGACGACGAAGUGUGUGCAGUUUCAGAAGGAUGUCAUGUGGGGUCAGUCUCUUCACUUUGAACUUGACGCAUCCGCUGAGCACACCACCCGGAGCACAAUUCGCUAUCUAAACGUUACGGUUCAUGCUAGAGAAGUUCGACCAGCUGGAUCACCCAACACCUCCGCAUCCUCCAUCCCCAGUGUCACGCCUUCUACUCCAGAUAGUCUCGCUUCUUCCUCUACAAACACUGAAAAUUCGGCGGCUCCAGAACCACCGAAACCCAUUCUAUUGGGAAGUGUCUCCCUAUUUGUGCCACAAUUGAUUGACGACUGUCGAUUGACACUUUCCAACUGUCAUCGAGAGGUUUUCCAGUUGAAGCAGCCGAAUUGCACGGUGACACCGCCAGUGGCAGCCGCCAAUGAAGAUCCAAUUUUCACCGAAUUCUCUCGUCAUGCUGGAUUCGAUCCACGGUUGUGCUUUGGAGACAUCACCCUUGGAUUUCGAUAUUUUCCAGAUGGUUUUCCAUCGAAUAAGGCUAUCAAUUCUGGCGAUGAUAGUGAAGAUGAGUGGCACAGAGUUGAGGCAACGUCGCCGGGACGUCCAUUCUCGCCACCAGCGUUUGCUCCAGCGACUCAUGAGUGGAAGGUGUGGAUGUGUAAAAAUGCCACCACCUGUGCAAUGUGUCGUGGAAAAAUCUGGUUCCGUACGGCUUCCCAGUGCUCUCGAUGUCUUGUAAUCUGCCAUAGUAAAUGUGUCGACAAAGCCAAUAACGGAGGCAUCGCGUGCUCCCCACGACAGAUUCCUUCUCCGACCAACCUUCCACUUCCCGACGAUUCUCGUUUCGAAGAGAUUUCUGCGAGUGAGGUAGAAGCGGCGAAUACACCGGAUCACGAGAUCGAGAGGAAUGCGUUGCUCAUGCAAUCGCCGUCCACGUCAUCUAUGGCGUCUUCAAUGACGAUGGACACUCCUGAGACCUCAAAACGAGCCAAAUUCCGAAAAGUGACCGAAAAAUUCGCGUAUUGGAGAAAAGGUGGAAAGAAGACGGAAGGAACCCCGGGAAGACGAGACACCACUGACAUGGAUCCCGACGCAGCCGAAGCCGACCGAGAUAGCCCCAUGGCUAGUAUCCAGGAUGUUCUCUCCGAUGUCCUUCCAGGAUUGGAUGGCUCUCCGUUUAUCAGUGGACUCUAUUUCCAGCCAGGAAACGCCUACAACGAACAGACGAUUCGGAAUGCGAAGCGACUGGGAAGAGAGAUUUUUAACGAGUUGCCGCCUGAGGAGAGAGUCAAAAAGAUCAAUCUGCAAAUCGAUCGGAUUCAGACGGCGAUACGGGAGACGAAGGAUGAUCGGUUGAGUGUGAUGCAGAAUGAUGGAGUUCCAGAAUCAUCUUCCAAAUUCCAAGGACUCGAUGAACGCCUUCAAGCUCUUGCUGUCCUGAUGCUCCACUAUUGCUCAGCCUUACAAGAUUGUCAAUCCGGAAGGAAUACUCCGAAUCCCCCCGAGGAG